AUGAUCCUACAACCCACUUUACAAAGUCGCCUCCCAGAACCUUCGGGACCCGAAGCCCGCCAAGAUUGCCACUCCGAUCGUUUACAAUCAGCUUCUCAACCUCAACUCCGACUCACGCAAUCCACGGGUCCUUUUUCGCCCUAUUUCACUUGUUCUUUUGAACAGAGCUCUGUGUUGCCUGAUUCCGCUACUCAUACUGCAAGUUCAGGGGAACAAUCAACUUCCCCUUUAAAACGUAUAGCAUUAGUCACAGAUGGUCAGCAUGGCAAGGAUCACUACCAAAGUAAACGGAAGAAGCAGCCAAAAAUGCAUGGGAAUCUGCAGCAGACUUCGCCGAGUGUGAGUAAACCCAACGAACAAGUCAGCAUUCACAACUCUAGCCAACAUCGACUUCGCCGACACAAAUCACAACAUCAAGAUCACGAGUUGCAUCAAAAAAUGCCAGAAAUACCAGUUUGUUCUGAGCAAUCUAGUGAAGCCAAAGAACAAAUUGCUAUCGUAAGCCACACUGCCGGACAAUUCACCCAACUCACUUUGCAGCUGGAUUCGAUGCGGUUGAUGCUGAUUCUUGAUUGGCUCCUGCGUGGCCUCAGCAUACUCAGCUGUUCUGUGUGUCCCCGGACCGAUGCCGAGACCGGGGAUCAAGAGCAUACAGUUACCAACCCUACACUAGACAGUGACUCGGCCCAAUCACUUUAG